GUUUGCGGACCUCCCACCGCGGCUGAUGGAGGAUGUAGCGCAGGCAGCAGGCAGAGCAGGUCGGACAGAAGGACGCGCACACGGCCAAUCGUCCACCGAGCGCAGACGAGCCCACGGCAGCAAGAUCGCACCAUGCAUCCGCUGCGAGCCUCCCGGCGAGCCCCAUCCGUGUGACCGCCCCGCUCAUCGGGCCGAUCUAGCAUGCCAGUCCCAUUCCGUCUUUUCCACGACAACAGCUUCCAUCCACAGCCGUACGCUUCUGGCUGCCUUUCCGUGACCGAGAGGAGCACACUACGCACCGCCCAGGCCGCUCUCAGCAGCAGCCUGCCCCGGAAUGAGCAUUAGCAGCUAACCAGCUAAUGUCACCAGGUGGAAGCCAGCCCAGACUCCAACUCCAGGUCCAUAAAGAUGCCUGCACUGUGUGGGGGCUCCAGGUUUGAGGAGUGACUCUGACAAAGCGGCUGCAAUCAGUCCAAGAUGGAGAAAAAGAAAAUGUGCCCUCGCCUGCUCGACUACCUGGUGGUGGUCGGAGCAAGGCAGCCAAGCAGUGACAGUGUGGCACAGACCCCUCAGCUGCUGCGGCGCUACCCUCUAGAGGACCACACGGACUUCCCUUUGCCUCCUGACGUGGUGUUCUUCUGCCAACCCGAGGGCUGCCUGAGCAUCCGGCAGCGCCGCGUCAGCCUGCGGGACGACUCCUCCUUCGUCUUCACUCUCACAGAUAAGGACUCGGGCAUCACACGCUAUGGCAUCUGUGUAAACUUUUAUCGCUCUUUCCAGCGCGGGCACCACCGACCUCGACCCGAUAAGAGCCAUGACUCUGGGGCACAGGGGGAGACCAGUGAGGGCUCGGACACCAGUGGCACAGGGCCAGCCUCAACGCUGUCUGCCCCACACUCUGAUCUGCCCGCCCCGGGGGAGGACGGAGAUCAGCCCUCUGACAUAAACACCAGUAAAUCUCCUCAGCACAAGCGCCGCAAUACCAAAAUGGCCGCCCGCAACCGCAACAGCACCCUGACGUCUCUGUGCAUCCUUAGCCACUACCCAUUCUUCUCCACCUUCAGGGAGUGUCUGUACAUCCUCAAGAGGCUGGUGGACUGCUGCAGUCAGAGGCUCACCCAGCGGGCCGGCCUCCCCCGCGCCGCUCAGAGGGACACCAUGUGGAGGGUGUUCACGGGCGCUCUGUCGUCAGAGGAGAAGAGCAGCCAGCUCCUGUCCGACUUGCGGGACAUCGAGUCGUGGAUCUACCGGCUGCUGCGCUCCCCGGUACCUAUGGCGGGACAGAGGCGUGUAGACGUGGAGGUUCUGCCCCAUGAACUCAAAAGGGCCCUCACCUUUGCUCUGCCCGACAACUCACGCUUCUCCAUGGUGGACUUCCCCCUGCACCUGCCCCUGGAGCUACUGGGGGUGGACGCCUGCCUCCAAGUGCUCAGCUGUGUCCUACUGGAGCACAAGGUGAUUCUUCAGUCCAGAGACUACAAUGCUCUGUCCAUGAGCGUGAUGGCCUUCGUCGCCAUGAUCUACCCUCUGGAGUACAUGUUUCCUGUCAUUCCUUUGUUACCAACGUGCAUGGCUUCUGCUGAACAGCUCCUGCUUGCCCCCACUCCUUACAUCAUCGGGGUACCAGCCAGCUUCUUUCUCUACAAAUCGGAUUUCAAAAUGCCUGACGAUGUGUGGCUUGUGGACCUUGACAGCAGUAGGGUAAUUGCCCCAACCAAUGCAGAGAUAUUGCCACCUCUCCCUGAGCCUGAAGCGGGUGAACUCAAGAAGCAUUUGAAACAGGCUUUGGCCAGUAUGAGCCUGAACACACAGCCCAUUCUGAACCUGGAGAAGUUUCAGGAAGGACAGGAGCUGCCCAUACUCCCACCGGGCCGAGAUAAAGCUUCACCAUCCUCUACAGAGUUUAACCCUCUCAUUUAUGGCAACGAUGUGGAUUCAGUGGAUGUAGCCACCAGGGUUGCCAUGGUGCGCUUUUUCAACUCCCCAAAUGUCCUCCAGGGGUUCCAAAUGCACACACGCACCUUGCGCCUGUUUCCCCGGCCUGUGGUGGCCUUCCAGUGCUCUUCUUUCCUGGCCUCUCGGCCGCGGCGCUCCAGCUUUGCAGAUAAACUCUCUCACACUCAGGCUGUGGAAUUCUAUGGAGAAUGGGCCCUCAACCCAACCAACCUGGCCUUUCAGAGGAUUCACAACAAUGUAUUUGACCCGUCUUUAAUUGGGGACAAACCAAAGUGGUACGCUCACCAGCUGCAGCCUGUGCUGUACCGAGUGUAUGACGGUAGCUCACAGCUGGUGGAGGCCAUGGCCAGUCCUCUGGAGGACGAGGGCAACGAUUCUGACCCCACGGACAGUGGCAGUGACAGUGACGCGUAUGAUGGUUCCAGCUCCUCAUACUCCUCCCUCGGAGACCUUGUGAGUGAGAUGAUCCAAGGAGACAUCCAAGGAGAGACCACGAAUUUGGAUCCCCCUACACAUGCUGCGCUUGGAGACCCAAGUGAAGUGGAGUUUCAGGACUUCCAGGAGCUGAGGGAGGGCCAGAGCUCAGAGGGGCCCACAGGAGGUGCAGACGCUCCCGCUGAGCCCUCUGACGGACAGCCUCUGCGCUCCAGCUCCAGCACCACGGCCAGCUCCAGCCCCAGCACCAUCAUCCAGGGAGUUAAUCAUGAACCUGGAGAACCACCUGAGAUGGAGGCUUCAGCCAGUGCUGCUCUCCAGAACCCUGUCCCAGGCCUGGCCAGCCAGCCGUUCCUCCGCCCCCCAGCAGACAGCGGCGUGGUAGACACAGCCAACAAAAAGCCAGAGUAUGACAACCCCUACUUUGAGCCCCAGUACGGUUUCCCCACUGAGGAUGACCCAGAGGCCGACGAGCAAGUGGAGUCCUACACCCCUCGAUUCAACCAGAACCUCAAUGGCAACAAGGUUGCACGUCCGCUCCGUCCCAGUAGCUUGAGACUCCCUGGAGAAUCUGAUGGAGAGGACUCUCACAACAGCUCACCAAACUCCACGAUCUCCAACAGCAGCAACGAUGGGCUAGGGGGGCUCAUGUCCUUUGCAAGCAAUCUGUACAAGAACCACGGCACAAGUUUUAGUCUUUCCAACCUGGCUCUUCCCAACAAGGCUGCGAGGGAAAAAGCCACACCAUUCCCCAGCCUUAAAGAUUCUCCUGACAGCCCGGUCUUUGGGCUAAAUUCUCUAAUGGAGAUAAUAACAGAGGCCGGCCAGGGGAGCGGAGAAGGUGCCCGUGCGCCCCGGGCUCUGGUGGACCAGAAGUCCUCAGUGAUCAAGCACAGCCCCACUGUGAAGAGAGAGUCCCCCUCCCCUCAGGGUCGAGUCAAUAACAACAGUGAAAACCAGCAGUUCCUGAAAGAGGUGGUGCAGAGCGUGCUGGAUGGCCAGGGAGUGGGCUGGCUCAACAUGAAGAAAGUGCGCCGCCUGCUGGAGAAUGAGCAGCUGCGCGUCUUUGUGCUGAGCAAACUCAACAGGGCCAUCCAAUCAGAGGAGGAUGCCAGACAGGAGAUCAUACGAGAUGUGGAGGUGAACAGAAAGGUGUACAAGGGCAUGCUGGACAUUUUAAAGUGCACUGUGUCCAGUCUGGAGCACUCUUACACCAACGCCGGCCUGGGAGGGAUGGCCAGUGUCUUUAGUCUGCUGGAGAUCGCCCGCACACACUAUCAGACCAAAGGGUCUGAGGGAGGCAAGCAACAGCGCCCCCUGGUGGCAGAUGCAGAGGAGAAGAAGUCCCAGAUGAGUUCUGAUAGUGGGCUCAGCGUCAUGUCUGGAUCUCAGAAGAGUGACAGUGAGUCAGUGACCAGCUCUGAGCCUCCCAUUCUGACCCGGAGCACGAGCCAGGACUCUGAGGCCAGCACAGUGAUCAGUAACAGCUCUGGAGAGACUCUUGGAGCAGACAGUGACCUGAGCAGCACAGCAGGAGACGGGCUGGGCAGGACGGCGGCUCACCUCACCCAGUCUAGAGGCACGCUCUCAGACAGUGAGAUCGAGACCAACCCCGCCACCAGCGCCGUCUUUGGGAGGACCCACACACUGAAGCCAGGGGCCAGAGAUCAUCUGUCUGCUAUGGGGAAGGGGCCCCCCCAGCCCCUGGAGGACAUCAGUAUGAGAAUCUACCUGUGUGAGGGACUGCUGGGCCGUGAUAAGAGCUCCGUUUGGGAUCAACUGGAGGAUGCUGCCAUGGAAACCUUUUCUCUAAGUAAAGAGCGCUCCACUCUGUGGGACCAGAUGCAGUUCUGGGAGGAUGCCUUCCUGGAUGCGGUCAUGCUGGAGCGGGAGGGCAUGGGCAUGGACCAGGGCCCGCACGAGAUGAUUGAGAGGUACCUGUCUCUGGGAGAACACGAGCGCAAACGUCUGGAGGACGAUGAGGACCGACUCCUGGCCACUCUGCUGCACAACAUGAUCGCAUACAUGCUCAUGCUCAAAGUGAACAAAAACGACAUCAGGAAGAAAGUGAGACGCUUAAUGGGCAAGUCCCACAUCGGUCUCACAUACAGCCAAGAGAUCAAUGAGAUACUGGACAAACUGGGCCAAAUGAAUGGCCGUGAGCUGUCUAUCAGGCCCUGUGGAAGCCGACAUAUCAAAAAGCAAACCUUUGUGGUUCAUGCUGGCACUGACAACAAAGGAGAUAUCUUUUUCAUGGAGGUGUGUGAUGACUGCAUUGUCCUGCGUAGUAACAUUGGCACUGUAUAUGAGCGCUGGUGGUACGAGAAGCUCAUCAACAUGACCUACUGCCCCAAGACCAAGGUCCUGUGUCUGUGGAGACGUAACGGCCAGGAGACACAGCUCAACAAGUUCUACACCAAAAAGUGUCGGGAGCUCUACUACUGCGUCAAAGACAGUAUGGAGAGAGCUGCCGCCAGACAGCAGAGCAUCAAACCAGGCCCUGAGCUGGGAGGGGAGUUCCCAGUGCAGGACAUGAAGACUGGGGAGGGCGGGCUGCUGCAGGUCACUCUGGAGGGAAUCAACCUUAAGUUUAUGCACAGUCAGGUUUUCAUAGAGCUGAGUCACAUUAAAAAGUGCAAUACAGUGAAGGGAGUCUUUGUCCUGGAGGAAUUUGUUCCUGAAACUAAAGAAGUGGUGAUCCACAAGUACAAGACGCCCAUGGCCCAUCAGAUCUGCUACUCUGUCCUCUGUCUGUUCUCCUACGUGGCUGCUGUGAAGGGGAAGGAGGCAGAGGGCAAACCCAAGAUGCUGUCCCCGAGGCCCCUGCCCAGCUAGUGUCCCCCUGUCCCCCCCCGUCCCCUCGUGUCCCGUGUGUGAGCUGGACGUGCCUCUGGACACAGACUCUGACAAUCUGUUAAAGCACAUCUGUCCCAGCUCUGUGUGGUGUGGACCUGCGCUGUGACAUGUACAGACUUCAACCUUCUCUUCUGAUCACAGGCUUCCAAUCGGCGUCCUGCAAACAGAAACUCCUGCUUUUUCACCGUGGAGAGAAUACAUCACAUCCAGUUGUUUUUACACUAAUUCAACGCACACGCCCUAGAAUCGAUUAACGCCGGGAUUCUCGAAAAGAUUUUUGAGGGGGGAAAAAAUCUAGAAAAUUAACACAAACACUGUCAGAACGGCGUGAUGUGAAUGAUGUAAAAAUAAGCAAAUGCAUUUAAAUCUGAACAACUGCAUUAAGCGUAUCUUGGCACACAUAAAACAUGAGAGGAUAGAUAUUGGUCCUUGUAUGAGCCUAUAUGUUGCCUGCUGUUUAAACGGAGUAACUCUUGUGUCUUUGGUCGGGGCCGUGCGGCGUGUGCAGGUCCCGCGCGCCGCCCCCCCCGACCCCUCCCCUCUCGUGCUCGCGUGCUCCUCCUGUACAGUCCACGUCCCUCCCGAGCCCCGCUUCGUUCGGGGUGUCCCACAGCACGGCAUGUUCACGCUCCGUCAGCUGUGUACACUAUUCUGUGAGUGUUGUGUGUCCCUCGCUCCACUCCACUGGCUCAUUACUGUUAAUCUGUGUGUGCUCUGUUCUACUGCAUGUAACUAUGACAAAGACAAAUAAAUAUUAUAUAUAUAUUUCUAUAUAUAGUAUUUAUUGAACUGAAUAUAUUAACUGUACAUUUCUGUGAUAAAUAGUUGAUUUGCUAGAUGUGCAAUAUGAAGGUAGUUAGCCAUGCCAGAGAGUGGCUUUAACAGGGUGAACACUGUACCAGACUUGUGUGUAAAUAGACGGGUGAAUUUGAUGAUGUCAUUGUGAACUACACAAAAUGGAGUCUGUUUAUGAGAAUGGUGCAGCUCACUCUAGGUUCUGACGUUUCUCUCUUCACUACAUUCCUAAACAUGGACCAAUCUAAGCUCUCCAGUGGAAAGAGCGGCUUAUAGGACUUUCACCAUCACACUGAAUGACUUUUCUUUUUACUUUUUCCACACGUAUCCUGUGAGCUCUUUGAGUAGAUUAAAAUAUUCUCUGAUCUGAACGACUCUAAAGGUGUAUUCUGCUGUCAUCUUGCUGUACUUCGCAGUCGCCAGCAGAAGGCCCGCACUCAAAUCAAACCAAGAAUCAUCAAUGUGAUUCUACAACGAUCAGUCAGCUCAUUUUUCUUUUCAAUCAUCUUCUCUGAGCAUUGAAUCGAGCACAAGUGUAAAAGAAGCCUUCCUCUGCUGCGUUCCGGCUGUAGAGUGGAGCUUGCACCGUUCUCUGCGGCGGAGACCGUUUUGUGUGUAGUACCGAGUGUGAGUUUACCUUCGGGGUGGUUCUUGUCGUCCUGUGAUGCUCCAGAGCGCGGGUCUGACUGUACAUUCAGCAAUAUAGGUACUGCAGCUGUAUCACCGGAAGAUGGUUUAUUUUUGACCUGCUUGUAUUUUAGUCCUUUAACUGUGCACAGAAAUCCACCAGUGAGAAAUGAACGAGCUACGGUGCGCUCGACGUUUUUCAAGGUGGAACUGUCCUUGUGAAAGCCAACUGCUGGAAUCAAUGAAACAAGAUGUCAGGUGUAAGUAUUCCAUGUUUGAGGAGAUAUUUAUAGAACAUGUACAGCUUUGGGAACAGAAUAAAAGUUGGCCCAAAUCGA